AUGAAGUCAAAGAGAGGUGGUGGAAGGAUAAAAGGAGAUCUGGAAACACGCGAGAUGAUCUCGAUCGCUCUAGUCAGCAAGGUGAUAGCCUUGGGGAGUACACGGUGCCACCGAUUUCCUCCUCGUCUGGAUAACGACGUCGACCCCUCGAGACCUGGAUUUUGCGCUGAGACGACGUAUCGUUUUCCGGCGAGCAAGGGCCUAGCAUGCGAUGGCUGGCGGGUGGCGGGAAUGACUCGGAAGGGACAUGGGAAGGAGGAUGACCACAGACGUUGGGAAUGGUGGCGGAUAUCGUUCCUCUCUAGAGGAAACCUGAUUUUGCUUCGAGACGACAUACUGUCGUCUCGCGAGCAAAGUCAGUAUCGGAUACUGGCCGGAGGAGUGAUUGAAGGGGACGGCGGUAAUGACGGAGAACAGAAGAGACGGCGGCAGAUGCACCGGGGACGCCUGAUCCCGUUCCCUUCUCUUGCACGCAACUCCGCUCCUUGA